UGGGCGGGUUCGUAGGAACUUCGAGACUGUAGACUGAGACACUGAGGACUACAGCUUCCGACGUCCACCACGAGGCCCCGAGGGUGGAAAAAGGCCCGAAAUCUCCGGGAUUCCUUGAUCCCCUGUGACAGCAGCUGCAGGAAGCAGGCGGGCGCAUCCUAGGGGCUGAGGCCUCUUAUUCUUGGAGGGGAGGACACUGGACACUUCCGCACGCAACUCCCAUCUCUGGCCCCCGAGUGUGUGCAUGGCGAAGUCCCCGGAGAACUCUACCCUGGAGGAGAUUCUGGGGCAGUGUCAACGUAGUCUCCGGGAAUGUGCGAAUAGAAGCAUUCACCAGUUGAAAUGUGCCCUGAGAGAAGGUGACGUCACUGUUGGAGAAGAUAUGCUAGAUCCUUCUUUUAGUACCAGUGUAGGAAAUGAGGAUGCUGGAAAUGCCUGGUGUGGACUACAACACAGCCGCGCCGUUAAUCAACUCAAAGCUUUGUUGCGCCAACAAGCAUCUAAGGAAAGUGAGGUAUCUCUAAGAAGACAAGAAGCAUCCCCUUCGAGGUCAUCAGAAUGUGAGGAAACCAAUAUGCCUACUGUCCACAAUCUUGUUCCUAUCAUCAAUGACCAGUCUCAGUACAUUUAUCAUUUAGAGGCAGAAGUCAAGUUCUGGAAGGAGGAACUCUCUGGAAUGAAAAAUAGGGUACAAGUAGUUGUGCUUGAAAAUGAAAGGCUCCAACAAGAGCUGAAAUCUCGAGGACAAGAAGAAAUGAGGGAGCAAACACUUCUGGAUGCAUCUGGAAACAUGCAGAAUUCUUGGAUUACAACAGGUGAAGACUCUAGGGUGGAUGAAGCUGCAAAGAGAUCAUCUUCAUGUGGCAAUGCCGAUACUAUCAAAGUUGCUUCUGCUGGUGAGGCUGAAAAAUGGAAACUAGAACUGGAGAGACUAAAACUUACUUAUGAGGAAAAGAGUGAAAUCCUGGAAUCUCAAUUGACGUUUUUGAGGAAAGACUUAGCUGAAUAUCAGAAAAACUGUGAAGAUCUUAAAGAGCGACUAAAGCAUAAAGAGUCUCUUCUUGCUGCUAAUAUUUCUAACCGUGUUGGUGGUCUUUGUUUGAAAUGUGCUCAGCAUGAAGCUGUUCUUUCCCAAACCCAUAAUAACGUUCACGUACAAACCAUUGAAAGACUGACUAAAGAAAGAGAUGACUUAAUGUCUGCACUAGUUUCCGUGAGGAACAGCUUGACAGAGGUGCAGCAAAGAGAAGCAAGUGCUUAUAAGCAGGUGAAACAAGCUGUGAAAAUGACUGAAGAAGCCAGUUUUGAAAAAACCAAGGCUUUGAUCCAAUGCAAACAGUUGAAGAAUGAGCUGGAGAGGCAGACAGACCGACUUGAGAAAGAACUUGCAUCUCAGCAAGAAAAAAGAGCCUUUGAGAAAGAGAUGUUGAAAAAAGAAAUAACAAAAGAAAGAGAAGAGAUGGGCUCAAAGAUGUUGACCCUAUCUCAGAAUAUUGCCCAACUGGAGGCUGAGGUGGAAAAGAUUACAAGAGAGAAGAUAUCAGCUGUUCAUCAACUUGAGGAAAUUCAAAACCAGCUUGCUUCCCGGGAAAUGGAUGUCACAGAGGUGUGUGGAGAAAUGCGCUAUCAAUUGAAUAAAACCAAAAUGGAGAAGGAUGAGGCCGAAAAGGAGCACAGAGAGUACAGAACAAAAACUAAAAGGGAUCUUGAAAUUAAAGAUCAGGAAAUAGAGAAAUUGAGUUUAGAACUGAGUGAAAGCAAGCAGCGCUUGGAACAGCAGCAGGAGAAGGCAACCCGGGCCAGAGAGGAGUGCCUGAAACUGACAGAACUGCUGGGCGAAUCCGAGCACCAACUGCACCUCACCAGACUGGAAAAAGAUAGCAUUCAGCAGAGCUUUAGCAAUGAAGCAAAGGCCCAAGCCCUUCAGGCCCAGCAAAGAGAGCAGGAGCUGACACAGAAGAUACAGCAAAUGGAAGCCCAGCAUGACAAAACUGAAAAUGAACAGUAUUCAUUGCUGACCUCCCAGAAUUCAUUUUUGACAAAGUUGAAGGAAGAGUGCUGCAUGUUAGCCAAGAAACUGGAACAAAUCUCUCAGAAAAGCAGAUCUGAAAUAGCUCAGCUCAGUCAAGAAAAGAGGUAUACAUAUGACAAACUGGAAAAGUUACAGAGAAGAAAUGAUGAAUUAGAGGAGCAGUGUGUCCAGCAUGGGAGACUACACGAGAUAAUGAAGCAAAGGCUGAAGCAGCUAGACAAGCACAGCCAGGCCACAGCCCAGCAGCUGGUGCAGCUCCUCAACAAGCAGAACCAGCUUCUGCUGGAGAGACAGAGCCUGUCGGAAGAGGUGGCACAUCUGAGACCCCAGUUACCCAGCAUGCCACAAUCUGAUUGCUGACCUGGAUGAAACAGAGUGAAAUAAAUGAUUUACAAAGAGAUAUUUACAUUCAUCUGAUUUGUACGUAAUAUGCAACAACGCACCGCGACCUUCCCAGUGGACCCCACCUCAGGCUGUGGUGGGCUACGUCGUCGCCGCCACAUUCGUUGCCAAGCAGUCCCUGCAGGAUGGACGGGCUGGAGCCGAAGUCUGACACUAGAUGAGGCGACCUCCCGGUGUACGUUUUCAGAAAAGGCUUGAAGUUACUACGUUUUUAUAUCUGCUCAUUUGUAUGCUCUGUUACACAUACGAAUUUCAAUAAAUGAAUUUUUUGAAGACUCGAAUUGAAAUGUUUCCUUUAUAUGGAAAAAACACACCAAAAAAAGGCACAUAUUUUUAACUAGGCUAAAGGGUAUUAAGGACCAAACCUUUUUCCUACCAUUCAUGUUUCUUUCCCUCUUGGUGAUCUAUACAUAUUAUCCUUCAACUUUAUUUCCUUUUAAUCAACAUCUCAUAAGACUCCACUAUUUAUCAUCGUGCUCAUUUGUGCACAAUCAGAAGACACCAGGAAGCACUAAGCAUUAUCCUCUCCACUCUGUUAACAACAAAAACAGACAAAAAGCAUCUUUGGCUUGGUGGUGUCAUGUUUUUCCUUCAAUAUGAGUAACUGAGAGGAGCCUAAAAACGUACUCAGUGAAAUUACAAAAUUUACUUAAGUUCUAUCAAACAUCUGUACACAGAUCAUUAUUUUAGUUUAAAAUAGUAUUUCUACUAUACACAAUUAAGCCCUCGAAUGCUUCAAAGUAAUAAAAAUGGGCACUGAAAGUGUUAUGUUGUCCUUGAGGAUGACAAGGCUGCAGUCGGGACAAGUCCCUAACCUCGGGCCGUUCUCCCUGGCACAGAUCUAUCAUCACCGUCAUCACAUCACCAUCAUGGCCUCUCAGAUGGAUGUGGACUAGGCUCCGGAGGCGGUGGGAUGAUACACCCGCAAAGACCAUCCGAGUCUCUUGAGCAUGGACAAGGUUCAAGCCUGAAAGAA